GAGCCCAGUUCAAGUCCUACAGCCAAACUGCCCAUUUCCAACAUCGACCGAACAGCAAAUUAAGCCGCCACGAUGUUGAUUCCCAAGGCCGACCGCAAGAAGAUCCACGAGUACCUCUUCCGUGAGGGCGUCCUCGUCGCCGCUAAGGACUUCAACCUCCCCAAGCACCCCGAUAUCGACACCAAGAACCUUUUCGUCAUCAAGGCUUGCCAGUCCCUGACCUCCCGCGGCUACGUCAAGACCCAGUUCUCCUGGCAAUACUACUACUACACCCUGACCCCCGAGGGUCUCGACUACCUCCGCGAAUGGCUUCACCUCCCCGCUGAGAUCGUCCCUGCCACUCACAUCAAGCAGCAGCGCUCUCACGCUCCUCCCCGCGGUAUGCUCGGCGAGAGCGAGCGUGGCGAGAGACGAUUCGGUGGCCGUGGCCGUGGUGAGCGUGGUGACCGCGAGGGCGGUUACCGCAGAAGAGACGCUGGUGAGGGCAAGGAGGGUGGUGCUCCUGGCGAGUUUACUCCUCAAUUCCGUGGUGGCUUUGGCCGUGGCCGUGGCGCCGCUCCUUCCUCUUAAGCGAGACUCCAUUUGUUUACGGGUUAUCAAACAUUUGGAGAUGCAUGACGAAGCUAAAGCCGACAUGUGUUCCAAAGACGGAUGAGCUAGUCCUUUCUUUUUGAGGAAACUCGGAAGGGCCAGCUGGUGGGAUGACACGGUGGGGAGUUUUGGAGGAAAAAAAUCCUCGGAAUCAUUUGCAUCAGGGACUAAAAAAUUUACUGCCAUUCGAAUGAUGAAUACUUUUGAACUACUAUACCUUUCUUUGGGCAGCCCAUGGUGAUAAAAUCAACCCGGUUAAGCGAAUCGACGACGCAGCCUUAUUUCCAGCGACAUAGCUUCGGCUUAGUGACGACUCGUAGACAAGUAAUCUAGGCUUCCUAUGUCCAUCCGCCGCUGAUUGGCAUUGGGACGGUUCUUAGAAAGCAAGGAGAUGUUUGAUAUAUGAGCUCGGGAUAAGCAUUGUUGUUCUAUACAUCUAACGUGAGUGUUAUAUUGCUAGCCGUCUAAUGAAGUCGGAUUGACUUAAUUCUCUGACAACGGCGAUCAUCGACCAACGGACUAUAUCUCAGAUCCAGAAAGAGGAUAACCGUCAUGUCACAUUACGGUCCCUUUAACUUGACCUAGCGAGUGAUAUAAAAGGAAAAUAAGCCAUUUGACCACAUUUGAUAUGUAAAAGCCUGCCUGAGAGGACAGCGUGACCGGCUCCAGGGUAGUCUACUGAUAUGAAUGCUAGCAAUCCUCAGUGUAUUAAGAAGACGCGUGAUUAGCAAGUCGUAAUAUUUGUUCUAAACAGAAUGGUAGUAACACAAAGGUUGAAAGUGUUCUAAAUCCGUGAUACAUAAUAUUUGCCAUACAACUCAAGCACAUGCCCGCAGCCCUGAUGGGCUACAUAGAGUUAUUACAGUGGGUAAAUUGCCAAGGGAAUGCGAGAGACCAAAGACAGAGAAAGAGGCUCAGAGGAGCUACUUACCGAAAUUUGUAUUAAUAAAGUAUUAGUGAUUUAUUGGGAAGAUUUCUAAGAAAAAAGUAAUGUGAUAUCGUAUUUUUUGACAGGUUAUUUUUAGUUCGUUUCAAGAUUUGGCUUCGCGCAUGACCCUCCGCAGCAUUGCACUGGGGCUUUGCAUAACCAGGACGCGAAACACCGUGGUGACGACGGCCUUGCCA